AUGGCAGACAGCUCAGGUCAAGAUCAAGAUGUUGUAUACUUCGCGUUAUACCGAUACACGCCAUCGAUCCCCGCCGCGGUAGUCUUCGCGGUGGUAUUCUGCGUGCUUUCGAUCUUCCAUAUCUACCGGCUUGUCCGACACCGAACAUUCUUCUUCGUCCCUUUCGUCAUUGGACUCGUCUUCGAAGCAGCAGGCUACAUCGCGCGCAUCUUCUCGCACUUCGACACCCAAGCCCUAGGCCCAUACAUCACGCAAACAAUGCUCAUCCUCGUGGCGCCGCCGCUCUUCGCCGCCUCGAUCUACAUGACCCUAGGCCGGCUGAUCGUCCGCCUUGACGCCGAAUCCGCCUCUUUAAUCCGAGUCCGGUGGUUGACCAAGAUCUUCGUCGUGGGCGAUGUCAUCUCGUUCAUUCUCCAGUGCGGAGGCGGUGGAUACAUGGCCGCGGGCACCCUAGAAGCCAUGGAAAACGGCGAACACAUCGUCAUCGCCGGCCUCGCUAUCCAGCUCCUCUUCUUCGGGUUUUUCAUCCUGGUCGCCGCCGUCUUCCACACGCGGGUCCGUCACUCCAUCUCGAUGAUCUCAGUGAGGUCCCACAGCGGCCGCUUCUCGUGGCCUGGCCUGAUGUGGACGCUCUACCUGGCGUGCGCCCUGAUCCUUGUCCGCUCCGUGUUCCGAGUCGUUGAGUUUGUCCAGGGCAAUGACGGCUUCAUUAUGCGCCGCGAGUACCUGCUGUACAUCUUCGAUGCGCUGUUGAUGGCGUUAACGGGGAUCGCGCUGGGAUUCGUGUUCCCGGGCUCGUUUUUGGAUGAUCAUGGCAAUGAUGAAGAUGAAGAUGAUGGGGAUGAGGAUGAGGAGCGGAAGCGAGGACUGGCGGAGAGAGCCACUUCAGUUUGA